CUGAAUUUUUUUAGGAAGUGCCCCUCCAUGAGACCUUGCCCUUAAAGAGAGAAACUGCAAUGAAUUUGGAAAAAAAUCCGAUUUAAUUAAAAAAAAACUAAAUUUAUCUGCUCUGUUUUGCCCUCUAUCUUUCUUCUCAUUCAGAAAUUUCCCUUUAACCACAAUUUCCACCCCAAAAUAACAUUUUAUGAGCCAGCGAAAGUCAAAUAAAUAUUGUAAAUUAUUCACUCCACCGCGCCAUUCAAAUUCAGGAAACAUGUUCAGUUUUCAAUCGAUAAGUUGCCCUCCGACAGGUUUACUCGGACAUAACACAUUAGUUCAGUUAGCGGGGAUUUCAGUUUCAGGGACAACAAAGUAAUGGCAACUCUGAAAGCUCUUAAAAUCAAGACAGGUAGUUGUAAGCGUAUCCUUAAAGAGCUUCAUUCAUAUGAAAAGGAAGUUGACAGGGAAGCUGCUAAGACUGCAGCCAUGAAAGAGAAGGGUGCUGAUCCUUACGACCUUAAACAACAGGAGAAUGUCUUGGCAGAAUCAAGGAUGAUGCUUCCUGAUUGUAGAAAGCGUCUUGAGUCCGGCCUUGCUGACUUGCAGGGAAUGCUGGCUGGGCUAGAAAAGCCAUGUGAUGAUGCUGAGGAGAUUAUUGAAGCCAAAAAUAUAGUAAAAGAAGUAGAAGCUUUGUUUGAGACCUUACCAUCGUGAGGUCACUCAGUCAUUGUCUUGAGAGGACUUCCAACUGGUACCUUUAACAUGUUGCAGAAGGCUUGGAGGUUGUUUAAAUCUACAUUGUGCCUUUCUUGUGCAUGAGACAAUACUUGUGCCUAAGCGCCAUUUCAAAUAUGCUAGCAACCUCUUGUAACAUGCUAAACUAUAGAUGUUUGCAUCAUUUGCUUACAUUGUGUGCUUCGAGAAUGGUGGAUAUUUUUUUCUGUUUCUAUUUUUCUUUUAAGGAAUUUUUUCCUGUA